UCAGAUUUGCCUCUCCGCGGCUCGGAUCGAUCCGAUCGGGCUCCUCGGCUCGUGCGGUGGCGCGAUCAUGCGCGCAGCCGCGAUUCCCGCCCGCACGCGAUGAGUUCCGCGAACGACACGCCGCGGGCGCCCGAGUCCCACUUGGAGUCCGAGUGCGAGUUCGCGUCCGCGUGCGCGAGCCACCGGCAGCAGCACGAGCAGCAGCUGGAGCAGCUGGAGCAGCAGCAGCAGCAGCAGCACGUGUUCGCCGCGAGCACCUACAGGCUGCUCGCCGUCACCGUGGGGACCAUCGGGCUCGUGGGCUUCUGCAACAACGUGCUCGUGCUGCUGCUCUUCUACCGCUUCAAGCGGCUCCGCACCCCCACCAACCUGCUGCUGCUCAACAUCAGCGUGAGCGACCUGCUCGUGUCCGUCGUGGGCGUCCACUUCACCUUCGUGUCCUGCAUCAGAGGGGGGUGGACGUGGAACGCGGCGACGUGCGUGUGGGACGGAUUCAGCAACAGCCUCUUCGGCAUCGUGUCCAUCAUGACUCUGUGCACCUUGGCCUACGAGCGCUACAUACGGGUUGUGCACGCCAAGGUGGUUGACUUCCCCUGGGUCUGCAGAGCCAUCACACACAUCUGGCUCUACUCACUAGUCUGGACCGGGGCCCCGCUGCUCGGCUGGAACCGCUAUACCCUGGAGAUCCACCGCCUGGGCUGCUCCCUGGACUGGGCUUCUAAGGACCCCAAUGAUGCUUCCUUCAUCCUCUUCUUCUUCUUGGCCUGUUUCUUUGUGCCAGUAGGGAUCAUGGCUUACUGCUACGGGAAUAUCCUGUACACUGUGAGAAUGCUUCGGUCCAUUGAGGACCUUCAGACAGUCCAGGUGAUAAAGAUCCUUCGUUACGAGAAGAAGGUGGCCGCCAUGUUUCUGCUCAUGAUCUCCUGCUUCCUCAUCUGCUGGACACCCUACGCCGUGGUGUCCAUGCUGGAGGCCUUCUGCAAAAAGAAAGUCAUCACACCGGCCAUCUCCAUCAUCCCCUCCUUUUUUGCCAAGUCCAGCACGGCGUACAACCCUCUCAUCUACACCUUCAUGAGCAGAAAGUUCCGCCGCUGCUUGCUGCAACUGCUCGGCUCCCGCCUGGCUCGGCUGCAGCGCAGCAUCAAGGAGCGACCCCUAGCCCGCGCCGAUCAUCCCAUCCGCCCCAUUGUCAUGUCCCAGCGGGCUGCAGACCGUCCAAAGAAGAGAGUGACCUUCAGCUCCUCCUCUAUCGUUUUCAUCAUCACCGGCAACGAAAGCGACCAGCUGGACAUGAUCCCCAGGUGGUCCAAACCAGACGUCAACGUCAUCCAAGUGAGGCCCCUGUAAUGACCCUGUCCGAUUUCUACACGUAGCUCCCCGCGACCUCGUCACGUCUUCUUUAAGAUGCUGAGCGCCAAAACAGCGCCGACCAACGGGUCGUAAUCAGUCUCAAGGAUUCGAUGCCUUACACAGAUCCCUUUCUUCUGGUUCUGGACAGAUCUGUCACUGUUCUACUGUGGAAUAUGAUGCACAGUAUGCGGCCCAAGCCAUUUCCCGUAGGUGUUCAGUAUAUGCACAAUUUUAAUAUGGUGUCUCAUCUCAUGUUCGUGUUGAUGACGUAUCACGUAGCUGCAGUGUAAAGUUCACUUUCACUGACAUAUCAGUCUCGAUUUUAACGUGUCUGUGAUGCAAGUUUCCGGAGGUGGUAGGUGUUGGGUGUUGAGCGAGGGAACCUCUGAAUGCUAUUAUCACGCAUUUCUGGAUCUGUCAAUGUCCAGAGAAUGCAGUGCGGCCAGAAAACGAUUUCACGCGCUCUAGGUGUGCGUCAGGUGACUUGGCUGAAGAGCCUUAAAGAGACUGCUUCUGCAAGCUUUGCCUGACAACAUCUUCAUCGUCAAUAGGAACUAUAAAUAAAAUAUAUUUUAAGGUUUUCCUUCCAGUAGAGUGUUUUGCUUGACAUGGCUAUGUUUCUUAAAGUGACUCUCUUUUGUAAAAUGAUACACCAGGUUUGCUCAGUUUUGUUGCAGAACUACAACAGACAUGGUCUUAGGCGGCAAGGAGUCAAGGAGGUGCAGGUGAGUCCAGAGUGCACAAACACUGUGGGUGGAGGUCAAGAGCUGUGCCAUGUCUGGAAGCAGUUUCUGCAGCUCGUCACUAAGGAAUCCUGAAAGAAAAGCAUCUGACACCAGGGUGUGUACAUGACCUCUGUGGUACCAUGAAAAAUAUUCAAAGAAAUAAAAUUUUUU